AUGGCAGACAACAUGGACCAGACGCUCAUUGACCUGGUCAAGGUGCAGACGACCCGGCCGGCGCGGUACCUCCCCGUACCCGCGCGGCCACCGCACCACACGGCGCGGCUCACGCUCCGGUCCUUCACCGCCAACGACCUCGCCGCCUACCACGAGCUGCGGCUGCAGCCCGAGGUCAUGGUCUUCACCUCGCAGGGCCGUCCCGACGCCUCGCCCGACGAGACGCGCACCAAGCUCGACAAGCUGCUCUCGCCCCUCGGUGACGACAUCUACGUGCUCGCCGUGGUAGAGCGCUCGACCGGCACGCUCGUCGGCACCGUCGGCUCGCACAUCCGCGCCGACCUGCUCGGCUGGCCCGCGCUGGGCUAUAUGCUGCGCCGCGAGGCCUGGGGCCGCGGCUACGCAAGCGAGGCGGUCUCCGGCUUCCUCGAGGUGUACUGGUCGCUGCCGCGCGAGCCGGCGGAGCUGGCGGUGGACUCGAGCACGCUGCCCUCUUCUGCGGCGGCGAGCGCGGGGGAGGGGGUGGUGACGGUGCCGGAGCACAUUGCGGCGAUCACGCUCGACUCCAACGCGCCGAGCCAGAACGUGCUGCGCAAGUUGGGCUUCAAGCUGGUCAAGAAGUGGAUCGACACGGAGAACGCGCCGCUGCUGCCGUUGUGUUUUGCAUACUCGCUAGAGAAACCGCAGUAG